CCACGUCGAUUGGCCGAGGGGCGCAGGCGGGGCCGCCGUUGAUCGCGUGGCCCCCCGGUCGGCAAAUGGACGACGCCGGCCCGCCGGCGUCCCCGGACCCGCUCCCCGACGUGUCGCCGCUGCUGUGGGUGGUGGUGCUCCUCGCCGUCGCCAUCUGGUGGGGCCUGCCCUGGGCCGAGCGGUGGCACCAGGCGCUGCGCGCGGAGGCCCCGCCGCCGCCGCAGCCGGGCGCCCCGGGCGCGCGCGCAGAGGCGCGCUCGCCCGAGGCCUCGCCCGAGGCCUCGCCCGAGGCCCUUCCGCCCCGAGCCGCCGACGACGCCGCGGCCGCGGCGGCCGCGCCGCCGCCGGAGCAGCGCGGGAACGUGGCACCCGUCCUCGACUUCGACCCGCUGGAGGCCUUCGAGGCCACGUUCGAGGAGGCGGCGCGGCUCGUGGGCGAGCUGAUGCUCGCGGUCCCCGCGGCCGGGGAGGAGUACACCGCGGCCAUGGAGGCGGUGCACUUCCUGCGGGGCGGCUGA